UGGGUGGUCAGUUGCAUGUCGAUGAGCAUUGGGUUUCAAUCGAUCUCAGAGCUACAUGUCCUUUGGGAGGGAAAGAUUUGUAUACACGCUUUAGUCACUCAGAACGGUGGAACACAUUUGGAGUGAAGACCGGAAAGUUUCUAUAGUAUUUCAUUGUGAAUUGUGGUUACUUGAGUAGCGAUGAACGAACCCCCCUUUGAAGAGUAAGAUGGCGUCCUGGUUUAGCACCUUCUCUUGGCUGGUGCUGUAUAUUUGGAUUUUGUGUGUGUUUGUGAGCAGUCAACAGACUGAAGGGACUGCCUGCUUGGAGAUUAAACCUUGCUAUUGCCUGGGGAACAGAGUAAACUGUGAAGGCAAGCAUUUAACAGCCAUUCCCGUCGGGAUUCCAUCGGAUAUUACGGCGUUGAACCUUGGCUACAAUAAUAUUGUUGAUUUGGACCCCAAACAGCUGUUGAAGUUUACUGCACUAAAGGAACUUCAUCUUCACCAUAACAACAUUCGUAGCAUCCCGCCAUGGGACUCAUUUCCCAGCACUCUUAUGACUCUAACAUUACAUCACAAUAAAAUUGUGGCCAUCCCUUCAUUGAACACAACAAAACAACACGCACUUAAAAAUUUAUAUCUGAAUAGCAAUAAAAUAUCAAGCAUUGGUCAUCAUGCGUUUACCAAUCUUUCAAAUCUUCAAAACCUGAAACUCGGCAAGAAUAGACUCACUUCAGUACCUUCCGAUGCCUUGAGCCAAUUGCAGUCUCUGAAAAGGCUUGAUUUGAGUCGAAACUUCUUUACCUCAAUAUUGGCAUCUGCAUUCAAUAGGCUGUCUUCUCUUGAAGUCUUGAAACUCUCUAAAAAUCGGAUCUCCACGAUACGUGGAGCGUUCUGGGGUCAGAACAAACUACAGCAAUUAUACCUUGACCGCAACAAUUUCACAACCAUUCAGACCAGCUCGUUCUUCGGGCUACGCGAUCUUCAAAACCUUUAUCUACAGAGUAACCGAAUCUCAACCAUAAUAACAACCAAGUUUGCGGACUGGAGGUCGUUCCCAGUUUUGAGAAAAUUGAAUCUGGAGAGAAACAGGCUAUCUCACAUACAAGACACCACAUUCAAGCAUCUUCUAGCACUGAAAGUCCUGAACCUCGCAAACAACCGUAUUUACCACAUCUCGCAGGGCUCUUUCUCGGAUCUGCGAUCGCUAGAAGGCCUUGACUUGAGUAAUAACGACAUCUCAUGGACCGUGGAGGAGAUGAAUGGGCCAUUUCGUGGUCUGACCAACCUCGCAUCUUUGCGACUAGACGGCAACAGAAUCACCGCAAUUGCAGCAACAGCUUUCUUAGGCCUGGAGAACAUCAAAUAUCUAAAUCUAUCGGCCAAUAUUAUAACCUCGAUCCAAGAGAACUCAUUCCAGGGAAUGGACAAACUCCAAAAACUUUGGCUUAACACGUCCCAACUGAUGUGCGAUUGCAAGAUCAAAUGGUUCGGAAGCUGGCUCCGGUCCAGGCCCUCCACUCGACACACGGUCCACGCACGGUGUCUCCACCCUCAAACGCUCUACAUGAAGAGCGUGUUCAACAUCACCCCAGACGCGUUCGUAUGCGAUACGAGCAACCCCAUCCCACAGAUAUCCGUCCACCCGCCCUCCCAGAAGGCCAUGCGCGGUGAUAACGUGACGCUUCGAUGUAGGGUCCAGGUCGUUCAGAGGAACAGCUCUUCUGUGCGCCUGCAAUGGCGCCUGGGAUAUGAGGUCAUCUCGGAGCGCGAUAUCACUGAUUUUGUGAGGACCGAUGACGAUGAUAUUGUGACGUACAACAGCGACCUUUUUUUGAUUUCCGUCGAUUUCUCCGACGCUGGGCUAUAUCAGUGUAUCGCCUCUAACAAAUACGGAUCGCAGUUCUCCAAGAAGGCACGAUUAGAGGUCCUGGAAUUCCCCGUUUUGACGAGAAAACCCCAUGACGUGUCUGUCCACGUGGGUGGGCUUAUCAAAUUGCCAUGCGCGGCCACAGGGUACCCGGUUCCGGUGAUCUCAUGGAGAAUGGGCGAUGGCAAGUCAAAGUUCCCGGCCGCCGAGGAGAAGCGCAUCGAACACCUGCCCUCAGAACAUUUGUUUAUUAUCAGGAAUGCGAGGGGGGUGGACACGGGAGCAUACACGUGUACUGCGACUAAUGGGGCGGGGAGUAUUAACGCUACUGCUUACGUUACUGUUCUGGAGGUCCCUCGUUUCAUGCAGUCUAUGGUCAGCAAACGAGUGCGCACGGGCGAGAGUGCGGUCCUCGAAUGUAAGGCCAGCGGUAGCCCAAUGCCGCGGUUCACUUGGUACAAGGAUGACAAGAAAGUGACUCUCUCAGCGCGCGUGGUGGCUCAUGGUCAGCUGCUAGUGUUCGUGACAGUGUUGCGUGACGACGAGGGAACGUACACGUGUCAAGUGUCAAACUCACUGGGCACGGCACGGCAGAACACGCGGCUGACUGUCGUAGAAGGUUCCGAACUGCAAACAUGUCAAGACAAGGAAUCCCGCUACGACAAGAAGACAUUCCUUGGGAUCAUAGUCAUAUCGGUUGUGACGUGUGUGGUGGGCACGUCGCUCGUCUGGCUUUUAGUGAUCUACUGCGCCCGUCGCGGCUCCCACCGCAGGCGACACAAGUUACGCGCGCGGCCAUUCCAGGCAGACGGUACCGACACCACCAACUCUAAGCUGACACACAGGGACGAACUUAGCUAUAUUCCACUCAAGUCCUCCAGCUCUGGGAGUACGCAAACAAGUCGCGACUCACCGAGGUCAACCGCAACUUUUCUUGCGUCCUCUGAUUCGCAUGGAGCAGCGUUUCCCGUAAGCGCUUCUAUAGAUACCCACUCGGGUUCCGAGAAAACUACGGGAAAUAUUAGCUCGGAGAACUCGCUUAAAGGAAGUCACUGUUCGUUGACAUCGUCAUGUCCGUCGGUUGAAUCGGAGCCUGUUCGACAGGUGGUUCACGUUCAGAUUCACUCUUCCGAUAGUGAUUCGGAAAAGUGCAAAGAGACUUCACCGACGCGAAGGAAAGAGACCGCUAAUUUGGCGUGUUCUCAGAGCGACUGCGAGGACGCUUCAGAACAUUGCGGGUCUGCCGCGCAGCACUGCGGGACAAAUGCGGGUUAUUGCGGGAUACCCUCGAAUCAUUGCGGGACUCCUUUAGAGACUAGCGGGACCUCUUCGGGCCAUUACAGAACGUUCCGUGGGCUCGGCCCGGAAUACGAUAGCAAUGACGUUGGAAGUGUUCUGAUAAAAAGCAAAGAAAUGAUCGUACGAACGCCUUCGUCAGAACAUUUCAGUACCACUCAUGUAUAGGAAACCUUGCACAAAUGUAAAUAUUUACUUCUUCACAAUCCUCUUUAAACCGCACCUGUAUAUGUCGGGCGAUUGUGCGGAGAUAGAGGCUUGGACGGUCCUGUGUUUGCCGCAAAUAUCCCGCCUGGUGAGACGAGCCUCUAGAUAGUGCUGGUCGUAUUAGUCGGUGUUGGUGUAUUUACUGUCUUCGUGACCUCUACAUAUGUUGGUCUUAAUAGUGAGGCGUGUUUGUUGUGGUUCAGUCUCAUCUUUCAGGAUGUAUAGCGGCAAACGUUUUCUAAUAAAAACCCAUUCACCAUA